AUGACUACCAAAUACUCCACUUCGCCUUUGCUUAUGUGCAAAGUGCUGAUUGCUCAGAUUAUCUCAGAGCGCCGACCGUACUUCGACGAGCUCCGUGAGAAGUGGCAUAUUCCUCAAAUCAAGCCGGGGCGUCCCCCGAUUGUCUGCAGUUUGGUAUGGCUCCAAGGCACAGUCAGACAAGUGAUGAGCCAAAAACAGUUCUUUCUGGACGACGCUACUGGGUGUAUGCAAAUCGAAUGUCAUGGUAACGAACAGGACGAUAAAGCUGCAGCGAGCUGCCCCAAAGUUGGCGAAAUGGUUGCAGUGAUAGGAAACCUUAAACAGCCAGAUUGUGUAGCUGCUGCUGAAAGCAACUGGAAAGUCACUGCAAAAACUGUCAUCCGUCUGACGUCCGAACGACAGUUCGACAGCUCUGAUCUGAGUGUUACUUCCUCCGAUCGAAGCUGGGGAGAAGGAAUCGCAGAAUUAUCCUGGCCAUUAGAAGUUUGUGACAUGGCUGAUCAUUUCUAUCCGAACGCUAGUUUAUGA